ACUACCUCUCCCAGCAGGAAGCGCGCUGGGCUCCGCCGCGCAGACUUUCGGAGCCGGGCCCUGUGGCCCACUGGGGACUGGUCUCAACGACGCGCACACGUGAAGGAAGGAGCGGAAGGUGGGAAGGAGUCGGGAAACGCUUGCUCCUCCGAAACCAGUUUGCUAGUAAUAUAGAGAGACCCCGUGUUGCUGUAAUUCAUCACCAAAGAAGACCCUCACCAGAUGUGUUCCCUGGACUUCAGACUUCCUAGCCUCCGAAACAGCGAUAGAUUUGUGGGACCUUUUAAAUGAUUGAGUAAUGAUGGAAAUGGAUCCAAAAUAAUAAGUGACUUCUCCACUGAAGAAGGAGAUUCUCUUCAUAUCACCUUCCAGAAGCUCAAUUCUGUUUGGGGAAAGGGGCAGAACAAGUGAAAUACAGAAAACUGAAGAGAAGAAAACCGCAUUUUGGAACUAUCUUUCUCCUUGACUACCCCUAAUCCCCUGUCUUCUACUUGUUUUAAUUUUGCUCUGAAUUUAUAAAUAGUAAAGACCAAAGAAAUAGAAUAUACAUUUAGGAGCUGUAUACCAAGAAAUUUGCCUUGAAAGCUGCUAUUCCAUGGAGGGAAAAGUAUAUCAAGUUCCUGUCUAAUUUUCUUUUUUUUUUUUUAAAGAAGUUUUCUUAGGUCCUUAGAUUUGGAGGUUAAGACAAAUAUAAAUACAUAUCUGCACACUCUUUUUAGCAGUUGUAUGAGUAAGAAUAAUGCGAUUUGUAUUUUAAGGGCUUGGUCAUGUGGAUGUUUUGUCACUGGAGUUGAUUGCUUAGAAGAUCUUUUAUAGCGCUUUAAUAUUGUAUUUUUGGUCUGUCACCUUGAUGUCAUUACUUGUCCACAUGUGAGCCCACCUGUCUUUCUAGCUAUGACCUUGUUAUGAACAGUGUUUGCCCUCACUGUGCAGAUGUCCAUGUAUUACCUAUUUAAGCAACAUCAUAGUGCCAUAACUCAAGGAAGUUGAAUGAGGUGAACAUAGACAUAGCUCUUUCCCCUUCCCCCCUUUUUUAAAUGUAACAAAUACUUUUUAUGUUCCCCUUCCCCCUUCCCCCUCCCCCUUCCCCCUUUUGGAAACGUGUCAGGAACUAGAUAGUUUAAGAUGAGCAUUUGAGGGGACUGAAAGAGUGAUCCACACAGAGCCUGGCUUUGUGCUUCAUCGUAAGGCGUGCUGCUGGCCAGGCUGCUUAAGCACUCUUUUAACAAGAAAACCUCGUGGGAAAUCCAGCUGGCAGACUCAAGGAGUUUGAGAAACAGGACCACAGAGGUUACACUCUGGGAUCCUGGCCAUGAGGUUGGAUGCCUCACCUUGCUGAAAAGAGACACUGGACCUAAAUGGCGCAGCAUGACUUUGUUCCUGCUUGGCUAAAUUUCUCAACACCACAGUCAGCUAAGUCACCUACUGCCACCUUCGAAAAACACGGAGAGCACCUACCCCGAGGAGAAGGUAGAUUUGGAGUAAGCCGUCGUCGACAUAAUUCUUCUGAUGGCUUUUUUAACAAUGGACCCCUACGAAUUACAGGAGAUUCCUGGCACCAGCCCUCCCUGUUCCGCCAUGAUUCUGUGGACUCUGGUGUCUCUAAGGGGUCAUAUGCUGGAAUCACAGGGAACAUAUCUGGUUGGCAUGGCUCUUCCCGAGGUCAUGAUGGCAUGAGCCAGCGUAGUGGAGGUGGCACAGGGAACCAUCGCCACUGGAAUGGCAGCUUUCACUCCCGGAAAGGCUGUGCCUUUCAGGAAAAGCCACCUAUGGAGAUUAGGGAAGAAAAGAAAGAAGACAAGGUGGAAAAGUUGCAGUUUGAAGAGGAAGACUUUCCUUCUUUGAAUCCAGAAGCUGGCAAAAAGAAUCAGCCAUGCAGACCUAUUGGGACCCCUUCUGGAGUGUGGGAAAACCCACCUAGUGCCAAGCAACCCUCUAAGAUGCUAGUUAUUAAAAAAGUUUCCAAAGAGGAUUCUGCUGCUGCCUUCUCUGCUGCAUUCACUUCACCAGGGUCUCACCAUGCAAAUGGGAAUAAAUCGUCAACCAUGGUUCCAAGUGUCUAUAAGAACCUGGUUCCUAAGCCUGCACCACCCCCUUCCAAGCCCUGUGCAUGGAAAACUAACAGAAUGGAACACAAAUCAGGAUCCAUUUCCUCUAGCCGGGAGUCUGCUUUUACCAGUCCAAUCUCUGUUACCAAACCAGUGGUAUUGGCUGGUGGCACAGUUCUAAGUUCUCCCAAAGAGAGUCCCUCCAGCACCACCCCUCCAAUUGAGAUUGGCUCCUCUCGUCUGACCAAGUUGACUCGCCGAACCACCGACAGGAAGAGUGAGUUCCUGAAGACUCUGAAGGAUGACCGCAAUGGAGACUUCUCAGAGAACAGAGACUGUGACAAGCUGGAGGAUUUGGAGGACAACAGCACACCUGAACCAAAGGAAAAUGGAGAAGAAGGCUGUCAUCAGAAUGGUCUUGCUCUCCCGGUAGUAGAAGAAGGGCAGGUGCUCUCACACUCUCUGGAAGCAGAGCACAGGUUAUUAAAAGCAAUGGGAUGGCAGGAAUAUCCUGAAAAUGAUGAGAAUUGCCUUCCUCUCACAGAAGAUGAGCUCAAAGAGUUCCACAUGAAGACAGAGCAGCUGAGAAGAAAUGGCUUUGGAAAGAAUGGCUUCUUGCAGAGCCGCAGUUCCAGACUGUUCUCCCCCUGGAGGAGCACUUGUAAAGCAGAGUUUGAGGACUCAGACACGGAAACCAGUAGCAGUGAAACAUCAGAUGACGAUGCCUGGAAGUAGGCAUAUAAAUGCUCACAGUUAAAUCUGACCCAGUAAACUCAGCUUGCAUGUUUAGGGAAUAUACAAAAGAAAUUCUUUUCCUUUUCUUGAAUUGUUGAAUACUUCAUGCACAAGGGAAAUAAUCACAUCCCAAAGAGAGAGCGAUUGGCUUGUUUAGCAUUUUGUUGUGUUGUUCUUCCCUGUUAUCUGCUUAAUAGAAAGAAGUUUGUGUGGUGGGAAAGAUUUUUAAAAUAUAUAUACACACACAGUAUAUAUGGGGCGAUGCACAGGUGGGAGCUGGCAGUGCGGAGAGGAGAAGACACUGGUCUGCAGCAGCAGCUCCUACUACCAGCCCUUGGCACUCACCCCUGUGCUCAAGCAAUCAUUGUCAAUGACAAAGUGACUAUUGAAGUUAUAAUUGUAUUAAAUUAAUGCUAAUAAUUUGGAUAUUUUAUUUUAUUUUUGGCUGCUCGGGUAACUUUAGGCCUUAACCAAGCAUAUGUGGUUUUUUGGGUUUUUUUUCUUUUUCCUUUUUGGGUACAGCUGUAAAAUAUUUGGAUAUAGGAUAUGUUGUGUUAUUCUUGCAGCCUUGAUAUUCAGGGUGGAUUGUAAAAUAUAAAUUUUUGUGAGAUUUCAAAGAUUAAGAUUAUUUUGAUAACAUUAUUUACAGAUUUAAAAGAUGUGGUUAUCACAGGUCUGUUGAGGGGGAAAACUACUGCAUAAAAUAACUAACUUGGAAUAAAUAUUUUGCAUCAGUUUGGAUU